ACUCUUAUAUUGGCCAAAUCUAAAUCAACCUUGUGUAUAUAGAUAGAACUUCGGGACAACCUUGUAUCAAAAUUGGACCAAGUCUAAUAUUUGCAAAAUCAAACAGAAAAAUGUCCGAAUCGUGUCCAAAACCUCACGCCAUUAUGCUGGCACUUCCAUACCAAGGUCAUAUUACUCCCUUUGUCAAUCUAGCUCUGAAACUUGCUUCAAAGGGCAUCGUUGUAACUUUCGUCCACCUCGAAUUUAUACACCACACGUUAUCCCAAUCCCAGCAGAGUAGUAGUGAUCUGUUUUCUGAAGCACGAGAAUGUGGUCUUGAAGUACGUUACACAACGAUUGAUGAUGGUUUUUCCCUGGAAUUCGAUCGAGUUGUCCACUCAGACGAGUACUGGGAGUCCAUGUUGCGAGAUUUCCCCGGCCGUGUUGAGGAAUUUGUUGUUAAGACAAUCCAGUCUGAUGAUCCUUCGUUUGCCCAUUUCUUGAUUGCUGACACUUUCUAUACAUGGCCAGCAGCCAUUGCCAAGAAACACAAUCUCUUGAAUGUAUCUUUCUGGACAGAACCAGCGUUGAUGUUCUCUUUAGCUUACCACAUGAAUCUUCUGAAAGAAAAUGGACAUUUUCCAUGUAAAGACCAUGUGGAGGAGGAGAUAAAUUACCUGCCAGGAGUUGAGGAAAUUAGUACAAAGGAUUUGAUGUCAUAUCUUAAAGCAACGGAUACAGCAACCAUAGUGGACAAGGUUGUGCCCAAGGCAUUUGAGGAGGUGAAGAAAGCAGAUUUUAUCUUACACAACACAGUUCAUGAAUUAGAAUCUGAGACACUGUCAGCUCUGAACAAGUACCAGCCAAAUUAUGCAGUUGGCCCUAUUAAUUUCUCCAAAACUCUUGCCACAAUCACUGUUAGCAAGAGUUUACGGUCUGAAUUAGACUGCACCAACUGGCUCAACUCUAAGUCCCCUGGUUCGGUUCUGUACGUCUCGUUUGGUAGUCAUGUGCAGACUAGUAAGCAGGUAAUUGAAGAAAUAGCAUAUGGGCUUCUUCUUAGUGAAGUAAAUUUUAUUUGGGUGGUUCGAGCGGAUGCUGUCAGCUCGGCUGAUGAUGUUCUGCCGCCUGGAUAUGUCAACGAGAUUAAAGAUAAAGGAUUGAUAGUUCCGUGGUGUAAUCAAAUGAUGGUUCUCUCACAUCUGGCUGUUGGAGGGUUCUUGACACAUUGUGGGUGGAAUUCUGUGUUGGAGAGCAUAUGGUGUGGUACACCGAUGAUUUGUUAUCCUAUAAUGUACGAUCAACCUACUAAUAGGAAACUACUGGUUGAUGAUUGGAAGAUCGGGAUUAAUCUUUGUGACGAAACAUCUGUUGAAAGGAAGGAGGUUGCUGAGAAGAUAAAGAGCUUUAUAAGUGGAGCUGCUUCAAAGAGCUUAAGAGAAGAGGCAAAAAAGGUAAAUGCCAUUUUGCAGAAUGCGUUGGAGAGUGACGGGUCGUCCGAGAGAAAUUUCGAUCAAUUUGUCGAGGAUUUGAAAGUCAAAAUAAUUGCUUGUAAUGAGUAAACUCAUUGAAGCCAAUCCAUUUAAUUUCCAGGCAAAAGUGCUAUUAUACCAGUAUCAUGUUAUCAUACUAAGUACAUUAACGUAGAAAGCGCAUUUCCUUACAUUUAUUUCCCAUCCAAAUAAUGGAAAAGAAAAUUUUGCUUUA